CGACCGGGGUACGCUGAGGUCGUGAAAGUCAGGCCUGCUCGUCUUGACAAAAAUGCAGCUGUCGUCUUCCGAAGAGACUGAUGAAGGAAUCCGUGUAAUGGCCUGAUCGCGAAUCAUAUUACAAGUGAGUUUAGUGUAGCACAGUUUUACAAACAUAUACCGGCGUGUAAGUCGCGACGAAACAAACAAGGAAACUGUUACAAGCUGGCGACCCGUUGAAAAUGAGUGUGGUGUGAAGUUGUGUUUAUGAACUCGAAAAAUGUGCCUCGGAUGUGCGGGUGGUGGUCCUGAAACCAGUGACGUGUUGUAACAGUCUACAGACAGUUCACAGAGAGGUGUCUACAGUUUAUCGGCAACAGACUUCUGUCUACAUUCACAGAAAAACAGGUAUCUGUGUCCCUUUCCAGCGGCAACUGCAGUGGCUAGGAUGCCGCUGUCUGUACGCUGCCUGCUGCCACUGCUGCUGUUGGGAGCCGUAACUGGGCAAGCAGUGCCCUGCUCCGAGCUCCACUGGGAGCUGAGGUAUCCGUGCCGCUGCUCCCCAGCGGAGGACGGGAUCAUCAUGGACUGCGACCGCGUGGUGUUCCCUGGAGACCUUCCUGCCCUGCCGUACAGCUCCACCGUCGUGUCCUUCAGCCAGCGCUGGGCGGGUCACCAGUCGCUGCCCACACAGGCCUUCACAGCUUCCUCCCUCCCGCUUCGGUCGCUCGACUUCUCGGGCAACUCUCUCCGGAGGCUUACAGACAGGUUGCUGAUGGGACUGCAGACAACACUGCAAGAACUGCGCCUGGCAGACAACCUGCUAGGUGACAACCUCAACCCCAUCUUCUCUAGCAGUGAAUUCCAUGGACUAGGGCGCCUCAGACUCCUCGAUCUCAGCGGUAACAUCAUCAAGGGAAUUGAGGAAGGCAUUCUCAAGGGAUGUGACAACCUUCAGGAGCUACUUCUGGACCGCAACAGUCUCACUGCUGUGCCCAGUUCCUCGCUGAACGGACCACGGGCUCUCAAGGUGCUUUCCCUGACACACAACCGCAUUGGCACGGUGCAAACAGCAGCCUUCCAGUCCCAGAAGUCAUUGGAGAGCCUGAACCUCAGUCACAACCUAUUGGUCACACUGGAGGCUCGUUCCUUGGCCAGUCUUAGCCACCUACGUUACCUAUACCUCGCACACAAUCGACUCAUUCGCUUCAAUAGUGAUGUCUUCCAUGGAGCAGAGAACCUGGAACUUCUCGACCUAUCAGAGAACUUCAUUUCCGAGUUCCCAACCGUCUCACUCAAAACUUUUGGGAGCCUUAAGUUCCUGAAUCUAUCUUCCAACCUGAUUCAGAGUCUGGAGAAUGCCAACUUGGCAUCACAGCCUGAGCUGGAGCUUCUUGAUUUAAGCCGCAAUAACAUCGCCAACAUUGCCCCAGGGACAUUUCUUGGACUUGGCCAACUGCGCAAACUGGACCUCAGUGUCAAUGCUCUAAGAACAGUGGAAGAUGAUGUUUUCGAGGGACUGUCAAAAUUGGAAAUUCUGUCCCUGAAGGAUAACAACAUUCUGCUGGUCCCUGCAUCAGCACUGGACCGCCUGCCCAGCCUCACAGCUUUGCAGCUGGAUUACAACAGGGUGGCAGCACUGUCAGGUGAUAUUCUAAGAGCAGUUGCCAGCCGUGUGACAACCUUGAGCCUUGCCCGGAAUGUUGUGCGUGAACUGCCGCCCACCUCAUUCAAAGAAUUCACACAACUGGAAGUUCUCAACCUCAGUGGUAACCUAUUGACCAAUGUAGCAGCCACCACAUUCACCGGACUUGAAGAAACUUUAGUUGAGCUGAACCUCUCAGGAAAUCGCCUGACGUCGCUUUCAUCUGUGCCAAUUGUUUUUCCCCAACUUAAGGUACUUGAUGUGUCACAGAACCAACUUGCUGAGAUUUCUCGCAUGGCCUUCACUCAUCUUCCCAGCUUAGUCUAUCUGAACCUCAGCCACAACACCGCCCUGGGCUCUAUUUCCACUACACUACUGCAUGGCCUCCCAGAACUUCGCAAGCUCGACCUGAGUCAAACAGGCUUGAAAAUUCUAUCACCAGAACUCCUCCUUCACAGCCAGAACCUUGAGGAAGUGGCUCUCCAUGGAAACUUGAUCCAAGAAUUACCAGAAGGUACUUUCCGUAACUUGAGAAACCUUACAAGCAUUGAUCUAUCAAAUAAUCAAAUACUCAACAUACGAACUGGAGCAUUUAUGGGCCUUAGAAACAUAAAAGAAGUGAAUUUAAGUGGCAACAGACUGACUGCUUUCAAGGGAGAAUUUUUCCGCAACCUUGGAAGUGAUGGAAACCUGGGAACAAGUUUGGAAGUCUUGAAUCUGGCCAACAAUGAACUCAGCUACUUGUUUCCAAGCUCAUUUCGUGUUCACCCUCAUCUCUGCCAACUGAUUGCUAGUGGCAACAAGUUUUCUUUCUUUCCUGCUGAACUCAUAACAUCUCUACAAUAUCUAGAAUAUGUAGACUUAGGACACAAUUUGCUGCGAAGUGUAGAAGACCUCGAUUUUGCAAGUCUUCCUCGCCUUCGGACACUAAUCAUGUCAUAUAAUGAACUUGAAACUAUUAGUGAGUUAGCUUUCCAGAAUUCCACACAGCUUCAGAUACUGGACAUUUCAGGUAAUAAACUUGAACGUCUUGGUGAGAGAACAUUUGAAGGUUUGGUUCGCCUUGAAGAGCUGAACCUUGAGAAUAAUUUGCUGUCUGAGCUUCCUGAUGCAAUAUUUGAGCGCUCUCGUCUCCAGAUGCUUGAAAGUAUCAACUUAGCUGGAAAUCGGUUUGAGGCCCCACCAUUGCAGCCUCUACAACGCCAAUACUUUUUCUUGUCUGCGGUUGAUCUUUCUCAUAACCAGAUACAUGAAAUCCCUCCAGAAGAUUCCAUCAUGGUCAACAUCAAGAAACUGGAUCUGUCCUACAACCCGCUGUCUCAAGAAGCUGUCGAGAAUGUAUUGGGAGAACCAAAGACAGUUCGGGAUUUAAAUCUUGCUGGUACUGGAAUUAUAUCUGUCACUCAGAUGGAGACACCUUUCUUACGGCGACUGAACCUCUCACAUAAUGCCAUAAACACUUUACCAAACACUGUAUUUGACCGCCCAACAUUACUAGAGGAACUUGACAUCUCCCACAAUAGCCUGAGCGAACUUCCUCACAUGUGGCAGCAACUGAAGAACCUUCAGCUUUUAGAUGUGUCUGACAAUCCAGUGACAAGUAUCCUUCAGGGUGACCUGGAUGGUCUGGAAAGUUUGCGUACUCUUAGGAUACAUGACCUUACAAUGUGCACACGUAUAGAGAAGAAUGCCUUUGCAUACCUUGGGAACCUUUCAGAGUUGAAAGCAUUUGGGUACCCUCGACUUGGAUACCUUGAUGUGUUAGGUAUCCUUCAAAGUCUGCCAGCACUGGAGAAACUGGACAUAGAACUAAAAGAUGCAGCUGUGAGUGGAGAUCAGCUUACACCAGCACUACAGCCACGUCUGCAGGAACUCGGACUGCGUGGGCCAAGGGUCAGAAGCUUGUCAUCAGGUGUCCUGGCAGGAUUGCGCGGGCCUGCUGUUCGUGUUGGCCUAAGGAACACUUCAGUGUCAGCCCUCCCUCCAGCUCUGUUCUUCACUCUGCCACGUUCAAUUCACCUGGAGUUGGACGUGUCUGGCAGCCAGCUGACUACACUCAGCCCACCUCUGCUGGCCGCCCUGGAUGAGCGGAAAGGUGACCUCACACUUAUGGGUCUCUCUGACAACCCCAUAAUCUGUGACUGCAGUGCUCGGGCACUGAGACGGUGGCUUCCAGGGGCGGGAAUGUCUGGCAUUCACUGUGUCUCUCCAGAAAACCUUAAAGGCCAACUUCUUGUAGAAGUUGCAGAUGAUGAAUUGAUUUGUGACCUCAACCAUCCAUCAACUGUGACCUCAAGUACAUCUUCACCAUCACCAGCAGCAACCACGGAGCCUGAUAUAAUCUGGUCUGUGCCUCCAAGUAAAGACAAGCCUUCCUCCAGCAGCAAACCUAACAUAGGCACUACCAAUAAAGCAGCACCAGCUGUGGGCUCAUCGAGUCUGAAUAAUGAUGACACCCUCAUCAUUGGCAUUGUUGGAGGUGUGGUUGCAUUCAUUGCAGUUCUCAUCAUAGUGAUCUGCAUCAUUAGGAUACGAAUCACCAACACUCAGUAUAGGGGUGGUCCACUUGCAACACCAGGUGCGCUGUCAGCUGGGGGCCAUGCACCCUCAAUGAUUACUGCAGGUUCAGGUUGUACCUGCGUCAAACCUCCAGUGGGACCGCCCAUAUAUAUGGCACCAUAUGGACCGGGAUAUGCUGCCACAUUGCCUCCAAAACUGAUGCCACCUACGUCAGUGUCUCCACGACCUCCAUACUCUACAAUGGGACGACAGCCAUACUAUCAGAGUCCACCAUAUUACAUCACUUACCCUGCAGAAGAGAAGGAACAUUGGUAGUCCUAGAAUAUUUGUACAUAACUGUUAAUGGGGGGGGGGGGGUUCAAAGGGGGGGCAAUGGCUGAACUGGUGUGAGUUGAGGCAGUACACAUGACCAAGCUUCCCCCUUCAAAUGUCAAAGAAUAUGUCAGAAAGAUCACAAGUUCUGCCUUCAAGUGACUGUGAAUCAAUUUGAAAUCGUUAAUAUGCAGCGGAGAGAGGAAGACAGUACUGGUUUCUGAAGAAAAGAAGAUACUCAGGGCAAAAACAUGUUGGUCACCAUGCUUUGAGCCUUCUUCUGUUGCGCUUCCUGCACAAUGAAAUAUACUCUGUCUAAAAUAUCUUUGAGAAGGUACCAUCAUCAGGCAGUGAUGCAGAGUGUGGCACCAUUAGGAAGUUACCUGUCUGACACUUCUUUGAGAGUCUGUCACACCUUCAUCAUGCAACACUGUGGAAGAAAAGCCUUCUCUUUCCUGUAAGAUCUCCAAUACGGUGAUUUUUGUUCCCAUCAAGUCGCAUGUUACAUACUGGACACAGGGUCUGGACUGAUAAUUGGAUUUAUUGAAAGCUUAUAACUCAUAAACACAAAUAACUAUAACAAUCUCACUAGGUAUUGUCUGCUAACAAUGUAACUCAAGACUGCUAACUGCCAACUUCAACCUCUGACUGAUCAGUUAGUCAGCUGGGUAAAUUGUUGUCAACACAGUCAUUCCUGGUUCCGAGUCCCAUGGGCCUCAUGACCAUAUUUUGCCAUCACAUGACUCUGGGGUUCACUGACUAACACUCAGUUGGUCCUCACUAUAUAGCCUUGGCAUUGACCAUAUAGAGGAUAUUGUUUCGAUGGUUCCCUGGUUGUGUGUUUAUUUACUGCUGUGGAAACGUGUUUUCUGUGCCAUUGCCUAGCAACGGCUGCCACAUCCUAAUGAUGGCAUAAUAAUUUUUGUUACUAUCCAAUGGUGAAGCAUCCUCAAAGAUGUUUCAAACAGGUUUAAUAGAUAAUAUUUUCACCAUUCAAUUGUAACCUAAAUUGCUACACCAAGAUCUUGUUUAACAAGGAGUACUUCUCUUCCAUAAGGUUGUCAGUUCAGGUUAUGAUGUACCCUCACAGAUGUUUCAGAUAGAUGAUAUAGCAUAAAUAUACUGUCAAUAUUUUUGUUACUGCAACUAUAUUUAAAUGUAUUAUUCAUAUUGAAAAAUGGGGAUUUUGUAUGUAAAUUAUUUGCUCACUUAUAUUUUACAAGGACCUAGCAUCAACACUCGUUGAAGUGUUAUUUUUCUAAUACAAACACAGUGUACAGAGUCAAUGUGGUGAGAGGCUGGUCUUCUCGUUCUGUCAGCGAUUGUUCAAGACUUCUGAAAUUUUCUUGAAGCAACAUUACCUCAGUUUCUCAAGUAUCACGCAAUAUCUUCUUCUGAAUAUCAAUUUUUGAAGUCAAGUGAAGAUAAGUGACUGAUAUAAAGUAAUGAGUUACGAUCUGGAUACCAUCCCAAGAAUGGUAAGAAGACAAUGUAUUUUUGUAUUCAGCAGCAAUUCUGAGGAGUUUCACUUGUGGCCAGGUAUUUAAAACCAUGCUGUGUCAGUGCUGAAUACUCUGGUCUGUCUAGCAGUCGGUCAUCUGAUCGCCAAAACUGUAUCAAUAUGGAAGCAAAAACUAUUUUUCCAUUCAAUAAACGCCCUAAUAUUUUGCUUUGAA